UUCAUCGAUGCAAUCAGUUAACGCGAAGUGAUUUUGUCUAACGCUAGAUAUAACAGUCCACGGAAGAAACGCAGAUCGUGUUCUUUCAUUUCUAGUGAAAAUACACCUGAAACGAGAAAGAAGAAAUGGAUCUUCGCGUUUCCUUCUUUUUCGUCACGGUCAUCCUGUGCAAUGUACUCGUACGAGGUCAACCCCCUAUGCCAAAUGGUACACCUGCUCCCGACCCCAAUGCGCCUGUAACACCACCACCAGGAACACCACCACCACCACCUCCACCACCACCGGGAACACCACCACCACCACCACUACUACCAACAUCAACAACCCCACCACCAGCAACAGCACCGCCAGCAGGAGCAACUCCAGCAAAUGCACCGCUCGUUCAAGCAUCUCCAGAAUGCGCUGCUCUGCCAGCCAAAACCAUGGAAGAUUGGCCUUUUGUGACUGGAGAAUCUAUUUGGUGGGUUGGUAAACUGUACGUGAGUGCAAGCGCAGCAGGAGCUACUCCUACUGCACCUGUUCCAGGAGCAACCGCGCCCGUCCCAGGAGCAACUGCGCCUGUUCCAGGAGCUACUACGCCUACUCCAGGAGCCACACCAUGUGGAGAUAACACUUGUAGCAUUAAUACUUACAAGCCAGAUUCCUGUCAAGCGAUUAAGAUACUCAUUUCAUGUAACGAAGAUGGCUCAAUUUGCCUGAAGGAAGCUGUAUUCAAUAAAGCGUCAAAUUCGGUUGCGUUAAUCAAGGAUAUGUGGAUUCCCGCCGACCCGACUAAGGCUAUAGUGAAACAGAUGUAUGGAUACUUUGGUACAAUGGACCAAAGUGGCGCUGUAAAAAUCGUCGAUCCUGGUCCAGCUGACCUGAAAACAGCUCAAAGUUCCGAUUUCGUACUCUUGGGCGCAGGCGAAGGAGGCGAAUGGGCCCUAUUCACCAGCUGCUGCAAAUCUGUUGUAUUUGUCAUAUACACCGAUACGGUUAUCUGCGCUAAAUCGCAAAAAACCUUCGACCAAGCGAUCUGUGCUCUCCUUCAACCUUUGGGAAUCAAACCCGAAGAUCUCAAAGACAUUCCUACUGAUUUCCCAAUCAAAUUGGAUAACUUCAUACCGGCUCUUCCUCCAGCGACAGGUGCCACACCCGCAGCUACUACAACCUCAACAACCGGAGUACCUCCACCCACAGCAACAACACCUGCUCCACCACCACCACCACCACCAGCCACACCACCCCCAGCAACACCUCCACCAGCCACACCACCCCCAGCAACACCUCCUCCUCCUUAAACAAUUAAAAUUUAAUCUCAUUAUUUAUUACCUAUACGUAUUCUGUCUUAGUAAACAUUAUUGUAGCAAUAUUCUACUUUUACGUAUUAAAUGCAUCUGAAUGAA